AGUAUAAAAACAGAUGGUCAGACGCUCUACCUGGUCAAGUCUGGUGAACAGGCCUCCUUUCCCAUUUCUCUUGCUCCUCGUAUGGCUUCUGAUGAGUACAAUCCGGUGUCCCUCAGACAGAAGUCAAAGAAGAAGAAUUGUGGAGGAAGUCCAAGAAUGAGCAGAAGGAGAGUUUCAGUGAAAGAGCUGAAGCCAGUGGACCAUCAGGGCUGGCUUUAUAGGAAGAAAGAGGGGAAGGGAUUUCUGGGUAUUAAGUGGAAAAAGUAUUGGUUCGUGCUAAAGAAAACCUCUCUGUACUGGUACCCAAAUCAAGUGGCUGAAAAAGCAGAAGGCUUUAUAAAUUUGACGGAUUUUGUAAUUGACAGGGCUACGGAAUGUAAGAAAAAAUAUGCAAUCAAAGCUUGCCAUCCCAAAGUCAUGAUGUUUUACUUUGCAGCAGACAGCAGUGAGGACAUGAACUUAUGGUUGAAUAAACUUGGUUUGGCAUCUAUUCAGUAUGAAUCCACAGAGGUUCAUACAGCUGAAUGCUACAGUGAGGCCAGUGAUCAUGAGGAGUCCACUGACACACCACCACCGCCAUACUCUGAGCACCACACCCAAGCUGUAGCAAGUCUCAAUGGUCCAUCAGCCACUGCACACCAGGGAAGCCUUCCUCCUCCAUAUUCCUCCCCUGUUCCUAGUGAAGCCACUGGAACCCUCUCCUCCCCCGUCAGUACAAUGACUUCCCACAGCUCUGUCUCUUCUCUGGCAAAGCAUAGACGGUCUUGGCUGGACCUUGUCUCCCAGGCAAACCCUACUGCUGGUGAAACAGUGGUCUGCUCUGCUGUGGUCCAUACAGUGAGCACCACAAUAAAGGAAACCUCACAAGGUAGUGAAGCCACAGCUCCAUCUCAAGACCCCAUUAGAUGCUCAUCUAGCACAUCACCUAUGGCAAUAUCCGCAGAGCCAAAGGAACCAGAGACGCAGCUGAUCUCAAAUGACACCAGAUCUGAAAUUCUAGACGGACAGGAAGGAACUAAUGAUGAGAUGGAAAGGUUGUACUUACAUUUGAAAAGAGCAAGUUUGUCUCCAACGGGUGAGCGGAAGCCAUCUUCAAAAUGGGAAUUACGAACCUCCUUUAUAAAGCGUUGCAAAAACCAGACACUCAAUGAGAAGAUACAUCUCAUCAGAACCCUCAACAGCACUCUAAAGGCUAAAGAAGCAGAUCUACUGACUUUGGAGCAGGUACUGGCUGACUCCGCUUUCACUGCAAGUAAAUUCAGGGAGUGGAAAGAGACCAAUGCUGUUCUGCUGCAGGAGAUUAUUCUGAGCCGCCCUCUACAGACUGAGCCCUUGACCGCCCCUAGUGCCUCAGCUGUGCAUCCCUCAACAUAGAUGUGUAUACACACUGAAAGAGUAUACACCACAACACAAAGACUGCAAAAAU